AUAAAAAACAACAACAAAAACUCCUCCUCACCUUUCUUAGUGCUGGUCAAAGUGUUAGCAGCACAAAAGUACAGUGACAAUUUCCUGUGUCGUCAUUCCUGGAACACUUCAGAAGCUUGUGAUUUUAUUGCUUUACUGCUUCAUGCAAUCCAAACACGUCUCAACAAUAGAUGACUCAAGAGCGUCUUUUAAACACACAAUUUUUCUUUCUCUUUUUAUGUUAAAUUUCUUCAUAGCCAACAUUAGGGUUCCUUCACAUGAGCUCCAAUGACCCAGUGCCGUUCUUCCUGAACAAGCACCGUGUCUUCUCUGCGUUGGCCUUGGAACAUCAGUUCUCAUGGCAGUGUCUCAGACCACUCGGUGGAGGUUGAUUUCUGGGACCUUAGGAGUCAUAUGCCUUUUAUUGAUGGUUACUUUGGGAAUAUUGUUGAAAUCUUUAAUUCUUCAAACAAGUACUGAGGCCACACACUCUCCAAGACUCAACCUCCAGGAAGGCUCUGACUGCUGCUCUUGCCCAGAGAAGUGGGUUGGGUACCGAUGCAACUGCUACUUCAUUUCUGGUGAAGUGAAAACUUGGGAAGAAAGUAGGAUUUUCUGUAUUUCUCAGAAUUCCAGUUUGCUUCAGCUUCAAAACAGAGAUGAACUGCAGGCUUUUAUGUACUCCAAUCAAUACUUUUACUGGAUUGGACUCUCCUACAAUACAGAACGUGGAGACUGGCAGUGGGAGGAUGGCUCUAAUUUUUCCCGGAAUCUAUUUUCAUCAUUUGAAACUCCAGACCCAAAGAACUGCAUAGUGUAUGACGCAAUGAAAAGUGCUGUGGAUGAACCGUGUGAAAGACAGAAUCAUUUCAUCUGUAAAAAAAGCUUAUUUAAGUGCUUCUUAGGACAGAGAGGUGGGGACAACCAAUCCAGUAUUACUACAAAUAGUAUUUUUACCCCACAUUAUUGCUAUUAAUAAUUAUCUAUUUCUUAGUUCUGUAAAAUGUGUCAAACUGUCUUAUGAUACAAUUUUCCUAUAUUUAAAGACAUGUGCUUUAAAAUUGAUGAAAUUUGUACACCUACCUACAUCUGAAAUUAUAAAGUGCAAGUUAAAUUUAUGAAUUUUUAAAUGCAUUUUAAUAUAUAUGGUUCAUAUAAAAUUCAAUGUAGUUUUAGUGCAUAUUCGUGUGAUUUUCUUUAUAUCUUUAUAAAUUCUCUUGGCAGAAAUUUAAAUAAAAUGUAAUUCACACUCAAUAAUAUAUCUCAAGAUCACUUCAGUUCUUUGUAUGGCACACUCAAUUGGGAAGUUGCCGUCUCUCCUCACUUUUUGUGAAGUAACAAUAAUGUGAAUAUCCUUUCUUGAUAUGUAUAUAUAUCAAUAUAUAGAUGUCAAUAUCUAUAUACAUAUAUAUCUGUAUGCUUUAAUUUAGAGCUGAAAGUGUCAUAUGAAAAUCUUCUCACAUUUGUCACCUGCUUCAGAGAAGAACACACUUGUACGCUUGUGCUUCAGUGAAGGAGUCACUUACAUGGACGAUGACGAUCUUAUUCCCUUUUCAAAAAUUAUGUGUCUAAUACCGAACAAUUCCCUUUUGGAGGGGAGGGGCACUCCAUUUUACUGAGGAGUUUCUGAACAUGUCAAACAAGAGGUUGGGGACAAUAAUGAGUCCAAUGCUGUGACUUGGAUGGGAAUUACGUGAUGUCCCUGCUAUCAAAAACCAACUUCAUUUUAUAACUGUCACAUAUAUAAAAACUAAGAAAUUUAUAUUGGCAUCUCUAUUCACUUUAUAGUUUUAUAUUUCAAUUAAAUGAUGAUAAUUAAGAAUAAAGUUGUUUUUCCUAGAAGAGGAAAGGACCUCCUAAAUUUUAUUUCUCAAAAUAUAAACAGGACUAUGCACUGAACUCUUCAUAAUGUUGUAUGAAGAUUGAAUUAGGAAAAAUGCAUUUAAGUUACAUAAUGAAAUAUACAGGAUAGAAUAUAACAACUUUCAAAUGUUUAACUUGAACUAGAGAGCUUAUGCAUUACACUUUCUGGAGAUUUGAAAUGGAUUGGUUUCAUGAUUACAAAGAAUACAUUUUUAAUUAAAAUUUAAAACUACUAGGUAAGCUUGUAAGGAAAAUUAAUAAGUUUUGGUACCAACUGUCUUAUAUCUAUUAUCUACCCAUAAGGCAAUAUCUUCUGCUUGGUUUUUGACACUUAGAGCGGUUUUCUCUGUAAUGAACAAAAGCUGCUCAAUUUUCAUCAUUUUUCGUCCACAAUGAGUCUCAACUGUGUUCAUUUAGCUACACCCAAAUACAGGUUCUAGUUGUUACUUUUCACAAGAUUACUCCAUCCAGAGCCCAAUCUUCCCUUAUUUUCUAGAGAACGCAUGAACAUUGAUUACAGUUUCAAGAGUAGUGAGAAAAUAAAGGUGUUAAGUGUGAUGAAUGCUGUCUAAUUUCAGAGAGAAAUAUUUUCUCCUGGGAGAAGAAAAUUCCUGUUGCCUUUGAACUGUAGAGCUCAGAUGUUAUUUUUCAGUUCAUACAUAAUGUCAGGGCUUUUUGAUGGAAAGUAUUGGCUUUAAUGGAGGAUACUGGUCACCCAAGGGGGUGUCUUUCUCACAACAUGGUGCUAUCACAUGAGUCACAUUCAGUCCAGGCCCAUGUCACCUGUUUCAUUUUUACUAUCUUCCUCCCAUUCUUACCUGCAUUCCAUUGUUCUUCAUCCUAAAAAUAUCUUUGUAGUCUUCAUGAUGGGAAAGACUAUCAUAUAUAAGAAUUUAUACAAAUCUCUUUUUAUCCCCUCUGAUAUAAGAUAUCUGAAGUAUUUCCUGGGGAGACACAGAUUAUUCUUCUUUUGCUUUUUUUUUUUUUUUCUUUUUGCUAUGAAAUGGGCUCAUGCACAGGGAAGGAUCUAGCUGACUGACACCCUAUAUGUUCUAUACAGAACAGAAAAGGGUAAGUAAAUAUGGAAAACACACACACAAUAGCAAAAUAGUAUUUCAACAGUCAGCUUACAUUUCCUUAAUUUCAUCUUGAUGCCCUGAAGAUAUUAUCCUAAUGAUAUGCAAUAUGUGCUAUGUACUGUUACAUAACAGAUUACCAUAAAAUUAUAGACUUAAAAUAACACGUUUAUUAUCUCACAGUUUCAGUGGGUCAGGAAUCUGUCAUAGCUGAGGUUGGUUUCUUUGUUCAGGGUCCCACAAGGCUGGAAUCAGGUCUUGGCCAGGCUGCAUUCUCACUUGAAAUUCAGAGUCCCCUUCCAGGCUCAUUCAAGCUGUUGGCAGACGGUAGUUUCUGUGGUUGUAGAACUGAGACCCUCAGCUCCUGGGGGUUGCCCCUGUCCUAAGGCGGUCACACAUGGCUGCUUGCUUCUUCAAGGCCACAAUAAGAAUAUCUCUGACUUUCCCCCUCUCUGAUCUUUACAACCUCUUUCAAAGUGUUCAGUUGGUUAGGUGAGGCCCACCCUGAGGGACGAAUCUCUUUCUUCAUUAAGUGAAGGAUUUGGAACCUUAAUAGCAUCUGAAAAAUUGCCUCACCUGUGUCCUUUAGUGUAAUCUAAACACAGAGUAAUAUUCUAUCUUAUUCACAAAUUGUAUUCAAAUUCAAAGGAGGGGAUUAUAGAGGUGUACAUCAGUGCAUGGGAAUUUUAGAAGCUACUUAGGGUUCUGCCUACCACACCAACACACCCCUACAAAUGUGUUACAACUUCUCCUUCAUAGUUGCUGUAGUUUAAACAUUGUUUUUUGAUUCCUGAGUUAACUAAGAACUUAAUUCACAUAUGCCAGGGCAAAUAAUCAUUUUCUGUUUUUCCCCAAUAUAUUAAUUCUUAGUCCCUCCAUUAUUGACAUGUAUGCCCUAAUAUAGUAUACAUAAGAAGGAUAAUUAUGUUGUAACUGUACUGGGACAGCUGUUUGUUCAUUUCAGGAGAUGCCUAAGAGUCUGUUUUUGGUGCUUGGCCAUGAUAUGAACAGUGGGCUGAGAGACUAGGCAAUUAAUGAAUUAUGGUGAGUUGCUUAAAGUUCAAAAUACACAAGUAUAAUCUAGGACCAAUUUUUUUAUUGAUGGUUUACAUCUACGAUAAUGUAUUAGACAUCUUGUCUCUGCUCUGUGGCCAAAUGGGCAGAAAAGAUUAUAGAAAACUUCAGCCUCAGCUCCCCGGAAAGCAAGUUUUAUUACACAAACGUCAGCUGAUUUAUCCAGGGAUACAGCAUGUCUUUGUGCAAAUAGGAAGAAUAUUGGGAGCUUGUCCCUGAAUGUGUCUUGGUCCCCUGCUGCUUAUCUGAAUUCUCUUUCUCAUGCAGGAUCAUAGCCUUUGCCCUUAUUGGAAGCCUUGCAUGCCUGUACUCAUGGGAGCCUUAGGAUUCCUUUCAGCUGUCUGCACGUGCAAGUCUGGAAUAUUUAACCUUCUUUUGUAUUUCAAUAAUUUUGUGACUUCUAAAACGUUCGUCCUUAUAUCCUGGUUCAAGGGUUGAAAAACUUUCUCUGAAGAACUAGAUAGUAAAUAUUUUCAACAUUGUGGACCUGUCUGUGUGGAAACUACUCAACUUUGCCAUUGUAGUGCUAAAAGACAUAGCUAAUACCUAAAUGACUGGUUUGCCUGUGUUAUGAAAGAAUUUUAUUUAUAAAAACAUGUGGUGAGGCAGAUUUGGUCCACAGGUGAUAGUUUGCCAACCCCUGUUUAUGUGUAAGAUGACACUAUAAACUGUCAAUCCUACUCUUUACUUUGCUUUAUCUUUUCCAGAUCACAUAUUACCAGUUGUAAAUAUACAUGCAAAUUUCACUGUAUCAGAAGUUAUGUCUUAUAGUAUCCAUCUAUGUUUAUAUUAAAAGGUGAAAAUCUAUAAAUUAUGUAAUAGCCAACUGCAAGAUGCCUGCCCAUAAUUCUCACCUUCUGGAAUACAUGACUUUGUAUAAUUUUUUUCCACGUUGUAUCCAGGUAGAUCUGUGUGACCAAUGGAAUAUAGUGGAAAUGUCACUUCUGAGCUAUGUCAUAAACAAUAGCAUGGAUUCUUCCUCUUUUCUCUUUGCCAUAUCACUUGAUCUGGGGACAACCAGUUACCAUAUCUUGAGCAGCCCUGUUAAAAGGACUGUGACAAGGAACUGAAGCCUCUUAGGGACAGCCAGCAAGGAACUGAGGUCCAAUUCCAACAGCCAUGUAAUGAGCCUUCUUUGCAAGCCUAGUCAGGUCUUCAGAUGACAACAGACCCAGCCAACAUCCUGAAAGCAGCCUUAUGAGAUCUGUGAACCAGGGCCAUCCUGCUAAACUGUUGAGGAAUUCUAAUCCUCAGAAACUGUGUGAGAUAGUACCCAUUUAUUCUUUUAAGCUGCUAAGUAUUGGAGUACUGGAUUGCACAGCAGUAGGUAACUAACACAUAUUUUGCUGCUGAGAAAUAAGGUAUUGUCGUAAAGAAAAAAAAUAUUGAACUUUUACAGUGUUUUAAAAUUGGCAGUGGAUGAAAUCCACCAGAGUACUGGGAAGACUAAAGCCUUCUAGUGAUGGCUGCAGGAAAGUGGAAACAUGCUAUUGGAAACUGAAGAAGGUAAUAUUCUUUCUAUUCAGUGCCAUGGUGUAUAGCAACACAAUUGUCUAUAGUUUUGUGGAAAGUAGAAAAUGUACUCAAUGAAUUGGGAGAAGUAUCUAAAGCCAUUUCCAGUCAGAGUGUGGAAGAUCCUGUCUGGUUUCUCCCUGCUACUUGUCCUACAAUGCUACAGAACACACAUAAGCUAAUGGAAGAACUUUUCAACAAAAAGGAGCCAGGGCUUGUUACUUUUAAACAAAAAGGAGCCAGGGCUUGUUACUUUUAAACAAAAAGGAGCCAGAGGCUUGCUGGUUUUAAGUUUAGUGGAUUCUUCAAAUGUUAAAAAAUGCUACAAUUUAUAAAUAGAGCAAAGAUCAAGUCCCUAGUGCUCUUGAAAAUAAUGGUCUAAAAAGAAGAUCUGGGUGUGCCUGUAAAAUUUCUUGUUAAUAUUUCAAAAAGAGCAGAAGUGUUGCCUCAGUUUGGUCAGAGGAUGUAGGAAGGGUGUACUGUACAGGUUGUCUUAGUCAAAUGACACAGCUUCUAGGAAGCUUUAGGGCUGCGGUCCCCAACCCCCGCCCUGGGCUGGUACCAGUCCGUGGCCUGUUAGGAGCUGGCCUACACUGCAGGAGGCGAGCAGCAGGCCAGCGAGCAAAGUUUCAUCUGCAUUUACUGCUGCUCCCCAUCACUCACAUCACCACAUCAGCUCCGCGUCCUGUCAGAUCAGGGGCAGCGUUAGAUUGUCGUAGGAGAGAGAACCCUACUGUAAACCGGGCAUGGAUAGAUCCAGGUUUCGUGCUCCUUUGAGAACCUAAUGCCUGAUGAUCUGAGGCGGAGCUGAGGCGGGGAUGCUGGCGCUGGGGAGCGGCUGCAAACACAGAUUAUCAUCAGCAGAGAGGGCUGACUGCACAGUAAAUGUAAUGCACUUGAGUUGUCUCCCAACCAUACGGACUCCCCCUGCCCCAUUCUGUGGAAAAAUUGUCUUCCCUGAAAGCAGUCCCUGGUGCCAAAAAGUUGGAGACUUCUGCUUUAGGGCAUUGUCCCUCAGGGAUUUCAGCAGAAGUUCCAUGUAGAGAAGCUGAAAAGAUUUAUGUGUGUGGUUCUUGUGAAUGGAAUGAACCCCAAAAAUACUCAUAGGAGAUCCCCAAACAUUUUUAGGAUGAUUACAACAGUAGAAACAUGGCCAGCUUAGACUGAACAGGACAGAUAGAGUAACAUACACACACACACAUACAUACAUGCAUGUCUUCAUGCAUGUCUACAUAUAUACAUACAUACUUUUGGUCCCCUAACCUUUGCAAGUAUGAGCACACUAAGAAAACCACAAAAUCACAAUUAAGUACUACCUUAGCAAGGGUGAUUCAGAGGGCAGAACCAAGAACCUACAAGGUGGAUCUAAGAAUUAUAAAGAGUCAUUUCAUAGCAGAAGUUCUAACCAAGGAAGUCCCAUCAUUUUCUAUGCUGGAUUUUAAAAUUAUUGUGUAUCAGUGACUACGUUGUACUUCUCUUCCUUCUCCCCCUUUUUAACAAGAAUGCCUAUUGAGUUUGUUCUUCUUGAUGUUGAGUGCAUAGGGAAAGAAAAUCCCUGGCAUUAUUAAUUCCACAAAUUUUCAGAUGAAGAGAAAUCUUAACUCAAAAAUCUAAACUUAAGGAACUACACUUGAUGAGCCUCGCCCAACCUGGCCCUAGCAAACUUCUGUACUUUGAACUGAUGGUGUAAUGGAAUGAGAUUUUGGGGGUGGGGCAGGUGUGUAUUUUGGAUGUGGGAGGGACAUAAAUUAUUUCAGGCUAAAGUCUCUCAUAGACACCUUCUUAGAUGCUCCCAAUGAUCCCUGCCUCUAGGAAUCCAACCCUUUUGAAAUAAUCAACUUCAUUGUGUAAAGAAUGUGACCAAUAGAAUAAGUCAGAAGUCAUAUUUGUCUCUCUUGAGGGCAGGUGAUAAAAGAGAGUGUGUCUUCUGCCUUACUCUUUCUCAGAUCACUUGAUUUCAGGGAAGCCAGCUAUCCCGUUAUGAGCAACUUUUUGGUGUGGUCUAUGAUGUAAAGUACCGAGGCCUCUUAUGAACAGCCGCUGAGGGACUGUAGCCUCUACUCAACAGACGUGCAAGGAGCCUUCUCGGAAGGAGACUGGCCAGUGUUAAGCCUGCAGAUAACUGCAUUGCAACUUGCAUGUGACGGCAGCCUCAUGAGGGGUCCUGAGGCAGAGCACCUAGCCCAGCUGCUCCUAAUUCCUGACCCUCAGAGAUUAUGUGAUGUGAUCAAUAUUUGUUGUUUUAAGCUAAUAAAUUUGAGGCUGAUUUGUUAUGUACAGGAGUUAAGUAGCAUGAGAUAUUUUAUCAUCAUGACCCUAUGAAUAGAGGACAUUUCAAAGCCCAAUACUAAGCUACAAUUAUAUCCCCUUCUUUG